GGGAUCUUGAGAAAAAAAGGGAAGAUUACUUGGAGUGGCCAGAGUACUUCAUGGCUGUUGCUUUCCUUUCUGCUAUGAGAAGCAAAGACCCAUGUACUCAAGUUGGGGCAUGCAUAACUGACUCGAACAACAGAAUUGUUGGUGUGGGAUAUAAUGGAAUGCCAAUUGGUUGUAGUGAUGAUAUGCUGCCUUGGGGAAAAACUUCUUCCAAACCAAUUGAAACCAAGUAUAUGUAUGUUUGUCAUGCUGAAAUGAAUGCCAUAAUGAACAAAAACAGUGCUGAUCUGAGAGGCUGUUCUCUCUAUGUGGCACUCUUCCCAUGCAAUGAAUGUGCAAAGUUGAUUAUUCAGGCUGGAAUUAAAUUAGUAGUGUACAUGUCUGACAAGCACAAAGACAAGCCAUCAACUAAAGCUUCUAAACUCAUGUUUGACAUGGCUGGAGUUAAAUAUCAACAAUUUGUGCCAAAGAAUUCAAAACUUGUGAUUGAUUUUGAAGAAAUUGAUUGGAACAUGUCUGUUUAGCCCAACGAAAUCCAUUUUUAAGGCUGAUGGAAAAGAAAAGUGCGGUUUACCUGGCAUUUGUAAUCUGCUAACGCCCUCGACAAUCCACAGGUUGCAGUAAUUUUUAAACUUCUGGAUUAUGAUCUGACGUGAUCAAUGACUCAUUUAGAUAAUAAAUAGCGGACUGUGCCGCAAAGGUU